ACAUUUGAAAAAAGCAGAAGAGUGUAAUUUUACACACACCCCGCGCAACCGCUGUCGCCUAGUGCUAAUUUAACGCAUAGGGGCCCUAGGAAUGAGAAAGUGGUUGAACUUAACGGGUUAAGUUCUUGACAUCUGGCCAUCACAGACACAAUCAAUACUGAUUAUGACUCAGUUAACCCCCGAAGAGAAGCAUCAGUUGAUAACGCGAAACCUUGCGGAAUGGUUGGGUGACGACAGAUUGAAAUCCAUCCUGAAGGAGAGGGAUCUGAAGCUGUAUUGGGGGACAGCGACCACAGGAAAGCCCCACAUUGGGUACUUCACCCCAAUAUCCAAGAUUGCGGAUUUUCUGAACGCUGGGGUUGAAGUGACAAUUCUUUUCGCCGACCUUCAUGCCUAUUUGGAUAACAUGAAGGCACCCUGGGAGCUCCUGGCUAGAAGGACAGAGUACUACGAAGCUGUGAUCAAGUCAAUGUUGAAAUCGAUUAAAGUUCCACUUAACAAUCUUAAGUUUGUAAAGGGAACGGAUUACCAACUGUCCAAGGAAUAUACAUUGGACGUUUAUCGUCUGAGCUCAAUAGUCACUGAGCAUGAUGCCAAGAAAGCUGGGGCUGAAGUUGUCAAGCAAGUGGCAAGUCCCUUCCUCUCUGGGCUGCUCUAUCCAGGUCUUCAAGCACUUGACGAACAGUAUUUGGGAGUUGAUGCUCAAUUCGGUGGUGUUGAUCAACGCAAGAUCUUCACAUUCUCUGAGAAGUAUCUACCCAUGAUGGGAUAUGAGAAGAGAGUCCAUCUGAUGAAUCCCAUGAUCCCUGGACUGGCUGGGGCCAAAAUGUCGUCUUCAGAGGAGGAUUCUAAAAUAGAUCUGCUGGACAGUGCUGCUAAUGUCAAAAAAAAAUUGAAGAAGGCAUUCUGUGAGCCUGGUAACAUCGUUGAUAACGGAAUUCUCGCGUUUUCCAAACACGUGAUCUUCAGACUCAUGAAGAAGGGAGAAAAAUUCUUGGUUCCGAGGGCAGCGGAAUUCGGUGGUGACGUAGAAUACGAAACAUACGAAGAUCUUGAGAAUGCCUUCUCCAGAGAAGUAAUCCAUCCUGGAGAUUUGAAAGCAGCUGUUGAGGUGUACAUUAACAGACUGCUGGAUCCAAUCAGAAAGGAAUUCGAGGCUGACCCGAACUUGAAGAGCCUGAGCAAUAAAGCUUACCCUCCACCCCAAAAAGAGAAGAAGCAAGCGAAUAAAUCCAGUGCACCAGCCAAUCAAAAUACUGAAAUCGAGCCUUCGAGGCUCGACAUCAGAGUAGGAAAAAUUAUCGAAGUGUCAAAGCAUCCUGAUGCCGACUCUUUGUACGUGGAGAAAAUCGAUCUGGGGGAAGAGAGUGGACCAAGAACGAUCGUGAGUGGUCUUGUGAAUUUUGUUCCGAUCGAGGAGAUGAGGGACAGAAUGGUUGUGGUUCUGGCUAAUCUGAAACCAGCCAAUUUGAGAGGUGUGGCUUCACACGGAAUGGUCCUGUGUGCCUCAGUAGAUGGAGAAGAACGAAAGGUGGAACCCAUUCGUCCGCCAUCAGACGCAUCCCCAGGAGACCGAGUGGUAGUAGAAAACUACGAGAAUGGAGUUCCAGACGAUGUUUUAAACCCCAAGAAGAAGGUCUGGGAAAAAUUGUCAGUGGAUCUCAUUGUUAAUUCGAAUGGAGAGGCUUCGUGGAGCGGGAAUCUCCUUCUGACUCCCGCCAAAGGAAAGCUCACUGCAGACUCUCUCAAGAACGUUCCCAUUAAAUAAAGAACGAUUAAAGAAUAAGAAUAGCAAAUUCACAACUCAUGCAUUUUUUUCAUCAAUUUUGUUAAUUAUUGAUGAAUAAAUUCAAUAAAAUUUGCACUGAUAAAUUAUAGAAA